CUCAGCGGGACGGUAACAGAGCCAGCGACUGCGACAGAACCAGAGAUGACCUACAAGGUGGCCAUCAGCUUUGACCGCUGCAAAAUCACCUCAGUGACUUGUGGCUGUGGGAACAAGGACAUUUUUUACUGCGCACAUGUCGUGGCGCUUUCACUGUACAGGAUCCGCAAGCCGGACCAGGUCAAACUCCGUCUUCCCAUCUCAGAGACCCUUUUCCAGAUGAACAGGGACCAGCUCCAGAAGUUUGUUCAGUAUUUGAUCACAGCACACCACACCGAGGUGCUGCCCACUGCCCAGAAGUUGGCUGAUGAGAUCCUGUCAUCCAACUCGGAGAUCAACCAAGUGCAUGGUGCUCCUGACCCCACUGCUGGGGCCAGCAUCGAUGAUGAGAACUGCUGGCACUUGGACGAGGAACAGGUCCGAGAGCAGGUGAAGCUGUUCCUAUCUCAGGGAGGGUACUACGGCUCGGGGAAGCAGCUCAACUCCAUGUUUGCCAAGGUCCGGGAGAUGCUGCGCAUGAGGGACUCCAAUGGGGCCAGGAUGCUGACGUUGAUAACGGAGCAGUUCAUGGCCGAUCCUCGGCUCUCCCUCUGGAGACAGCAGGGGACGGGCAUAACGGAGAAGUGCCGGCAGCUCUGGGAUGAGCUGGGGGCUCUGUGGGUGUGCGUGGUGUUAAACCCACACUGCAAGCUGGAAGAGAAAUCCUGCUGGCUCCGGCAGCUGCGCAAGUGGGGUGAGAUGGACGUCUGUCCCCUGGAAGAUGGCAAUUACGGUAAUGAGCUUCCCAACAUCACCAACGCGCUUACGCAGAGCUCUGCUCACAGCCAAGACUCACUGGCCAGGCCCAGACGAACCGUGUUCACCCGGGCGAUCGAGGGUUGUGACCUCCACUGGCAGGACAGCCACCUGCAGCGCAUCAUUAGCAGCGACUUCUACGUGUCUCCCUCCUACCAGCGAGAGGGCGAGAGCCUCCUCUUCAACUCCCAGGGGCAGCCGCUGUGGCUAGAACAUGUCCCAACAGCCUGUGCUCGAGUGGAUGCCCUGCGCUCCCAUGGCUAUCCCAGAGAAGCUCUCCGACUAACUGUGGCCAUAAUCAACACCUUGCGACUGCAGCAGCAAAGACAGCUGGAGAUUUAUAAACAUCAGAAGAAAGAGCUGCUGCAGCGAGGAGCAACCACCAUCACCAACUUGGAGGGCUGGGUAGGCCACCCUCUGAACCCCAUCGGCUGCCUCUUUCUCACCCUGACUGAAGCUUGUAGAUUAGAAGAGGAAAAUUGCCUUGAAAUUUCAGACACCGGGGACUCCAAACCCCCAGUGUAUCAACACGUGCCCGUCGCAACCGGCAGCCAAGACGCAAAAAACAGCGGCGAGUCCUACCUGUCCCUGGCCUUAGAGGUGGCCCUGAUGGGGAUGGGUCAGCAAAGAGUGAUGCCCGAAGGUCUCUAUGCCCAGGACAAGGUGUGCCGCAACGAGGAGCAGAUCAUCGCCCGGCUGCAGGACCUGGAGCUGGACCCAGUGCUGGUGCAGACCCUGCGGAAGCAGUGCAUCUUGCUGCUGGAAGGUGGACCCUUCAGCGGCUUGGGAGAAGUCAUCCACCGUGAGAGCGUCCCCAUGCACACCUUUGCCAAAUACCUGUUCUCUGCCCUGCUGCCCCAUGAUGCAGAUCUGGCGUACAAGCUGGCUUUGCGGGCCAUGAGGUUGCCCGUCCUGGAGACCACGGCACCAUCUGGCGACGUGACUCACCCCCACCACCUGGUCUCGGUUGUCCCCAGCAGAUACCCGCGCUGGUUCACCCUGGGGCACCUGGAGUCACAGCAGUGCGAGCUGGCCUCCACCAUGCUUACAGCAGCCAAAGGGGACAUGCUGCGCCUACGCACAGUGCUGGAGGCCAUCCAGAAGAACAUCCACUCCUCCUCCUUGAUCUUCAAGCUGGCCCAGGACGCAUUCAAGAUUGCCACGCAGCCGACAGCAACUCGGACACCCCCCCCAGCCGACAGCAACUCGGACACAACAUUGCUCAACGUGGCGCUGGAGCUGGGGCUCCAGGUGAUGCGCAUGACCCUGUCCACCCUCAACUGGCGGCGGCGGGAGAUGGUGAGGUGGCUGGUGACGUGCGCUACUGAAGUGGGGGUGAGGGCCCUGGUGAGCAUCCUGCAGAGCUGGUACUCGCUGUUCACCCCCACGGAAGCCACCAGCAUCGUGGCAGCCACGGUGAUGUCCCACAACACCAUCCUGCGCCUGAGCCUGGACUAUCCGCAGCGGGAGGAGCUGGCCAGCUGUGCCCGCACGCUGGCCCUGCAGUGUGCCAUGAAGGACCCGCAGAACUGCGCCCUGUCUGCCCUGACCCUCUGCGAGAAGGACCACAUCGCCUUUGAGACUGCCUACCAGAUCGUCAUCGACGCCGCUUCCACUGGCAUGACCUACACCCAGCUCUUCACCAUCGCCCGCUACAUGGAGCACCGGGGCUAUCCGCUCCGGGCAUUCAAACUGGCCUCGUUGGCCAUGACGCAUCUCAACCUGGCCUAUAACCAGGACACGCACCCAGCCAUCAACGAUGUGCUCUGGGCCUGCGCCCUGAGCCACUCUCUGGGCAAAAACGAGCUGGCAGCCAUCAUCCCACUGGUGGUGAAGAGCGUGCACUGUGCCACGGUGCUCUCGGACAUCCUUCGCCGCUGCACCAUGACGGCCCCAGGGCUGGCCGGCAUCCCCGGCCGCAGGAACUCGGGGAAGCUGAUGUCCACCGACAAAGCCCCCCUGCGACAGCUGCUGGACGCGACGAUAAGCGCCUACAUCAACACCACCCACUCCCGGCUCACCCACAUCAGCCCACGGCACUACGGGGAGUUCAUCGAGUUCCUCAGCAAGGCCAGGGAGACCUUCCUCCUGGCGCAGGACGGGCACAUACAGUUCGCCCAGUUCAUUGACAAUCUCAAACAAAUCUACAAAGGCAAGAAAAAACUGAUGCUGCUGGUGCGGGAACGGUUUGGGUGAGCCCUGGCCGCUGCCACGCUCACUGGCAGGGUCCAGCUGCAGCACGGGGAUUUGGGAGAGAAGAAGGAAGGAAAGCGGAGAUCACCUUCCCCCCCCCAUCGGCAGAGGCUGCUCUGUUCUGGUCUUCUGUUUCUUUUUUUGUUUUCUUUCUUUUUUUUUUUUUUAUUUUUUUCUUUCUUGGAUAUAACCAUUUCACAUGCUGAGAGGAUCCAGAGAUUCCUUGGGCACAAACCAAAAGGCAACCACAGGGAAAAAGGAUGGUUCGCUCAGCCCCCUGCCCUCCCUUGCCAAUACCAAAAGCUAACCUGGAAAUCUAAUACCUCUUUCCUGAAGGAAGCGGUCGCUGGAGGGAUCUGAAGGUUGCAAAGUGCAAAAAUCUUUAAAAUUCUGUGGAGAAUUAAAAAAAGAAAACAAAAAAAAAAAAAAGAAAGAAAAAAAAAAAGAAGAGCGAGCAAAGAAACCCACAACACUAGAACCUCAUGCGUCACCAAAAGCAAUGGCUUUGCAGAGUGCUUCUCCCGCCCGCCCGAGACAUGCAAACUCCUCUAUUUGUGAAGAUACUUCAAUAAAUACAAGUUAAAGUAACUGUUCUCAGGGAUUGCUUACUAAAAGUAACACACACACAAAAAAAAGCAUUUAUGAUACUGUAAAUACUAUAGUAUAUGUGUCAAUUAUUAAAUUGUAAAGUUAUAAUUAUUUAUAAUUCUGUCUUUUAUUUGGGGGAUACUUGAAAUUGUCGUGGGCUGGGGCGAUUAUUUUUAUUAUUGCUAUUAUUAUUAUUAUUAUUGUUAUUAUAACUAUUAUUUAAAACAAAAAAACAAACCACAAAACAAAACCACAGACAAAAAGAGGAGGAGGCACACGAACAUUUCUCAGGUUCCCA